AUGGCGCAUUCGCGAGCGCAAAGUCUGGACAGGGCGGCUGGCGUGGCAACGUCACGUCUGGACACCCCAGGCCGGCGGCGUGGAGAUGUGUUCUACCAGCGCGAGGACCCGGCUGCGCGACCGCGUGCCGGCGCCGCCGCAAGGGAGGUGAUGGCGGGCGCUCCGCUCCGCGAAGAUGUGGGCCCAGCUCGCGCACGUGCGGAGUCUGCACACGCAGGCGCUAUGCCUUCCCAGAUGCAAGAUGUGGGCCCUCGCGCACGCCCGGAAGCUGCACUCGGAGGUGUGCCUCUCCAGUCGCCAGUAGGCCCUCCAGCCGCGCCAGCCCGCGAUGCUUCGCCGCGCAGGCUCCAGCCAGCCAUGCCUUUGUGGCCUUUGUGGCCGGCCGACUUUGGAGGCGAGAGAUGCCAGUCUCAGCCCAGGUUGCGGGACACCAGUUCAGGCAGGCUGCAAGCCACUGAGCCUGGAUGUGUCGAGCGCAGGGCGUGGCCAGGCUGGAACCUGGCGCAGCCCAUACAGGCGUCGGUGCGUUUUCACCGCUCGGCGGGCUAUCUUGCGGGAGACAAGAUCUCGCAGGCACUGGAGUGCAAUGCAAAGGUCAGCGAGCCUAACCCCCGGUGGUUUGGCAACGAUGGCAACCCUCAGGAUCACGAGGCGCAGGGGUGGACCAACAAGAACUGGCUCAAGUCCCGCUUCCACUUCAGCUUUGCCGAGUACUCCGGCCCCAGCAGCUUUGGUGUCCUCCGCGUCAUGAACGAUGACCUCGUGCAGGCGGAGCGCGGCUUCGGGGAGCAUCCCCACCGCGACAUGGAAAUCAUGACCUUCAUUGUGGACGGCUACCUCACCCACAAGGACUCCAAGGGCAACGAAGAAACACUCGGCCGCGGAAGUGUGCAGUUUAUGACUGCUGGCACGGGCAUCUACCACUCUGAGCACAACUUGGCCAAGGAACCGCUGCGCUUCAUCCAGUGCUGGGUUGUUCCGCGCAAACGCAACCUGAAGCCCCACUAUGGUUCUGCAGGGACAGCGGAGGCGGCAGCGCGCAAGGACCAAUGGUUCCACUUGGUUUCGGAUGAGAUGAGCUCAGUGCAGACGCCUGUGAAGAUCAACCAAGACUGCAACGUGUUUGUGACCGAGCUCUCUGCAAAUGUGGCAUCAAAGGUGCUCCCUAUUGGCAAAGACCGGCAAGCUUACCUCCUGUGCAUGGAGGGCGACGUGAAGCUGGCCGGCAAAGAUUUGCACAGGCAUGAUGCAGCGGAGAUCAAGGGGCCUAUUGACUUGGACCUGCUGUCCGGCCCUGCAGGAGCCUAUGUCCUAAUCUUUGAGAUGGCGCUUACAAGGGACACGCGAGGGUCUGCUUAA